GUGUCCUCGAGGACUCACUGGUAGAAAGCGCUCCUGCCACCCAUCCUGGAUGCCCAGACUCCAGAGACCUGGGGAACCCGCUUCCAGGAAAUGAUGACUGACCCAGAUGAAUUUGCUGAAUUGCCUGAUAUGGACCAGAAACCUGUCAGAGAUGGGGAUCAACCUACCCCAUCUAAGAGAAUGUGCACUGUGUCCCUGCAGCCACUGAUACAGAAAGGAGAAAGUGAACCCCAUCUUGAGGAGCAGGCCAAGUCCAAGGAAGAAGAUGACUAUGUCUUUGGUGCUUGCGUCAAGCAGGAAGCCCAUGAGAAGACAGAGAGUGACCGCACCUCGCCUGACACCUGCUUGUCAGAGUGUGUUCCAGCGGAGCUUACAGGUGACCCUGUCAUCACCGCAAUGCCUGCGCUGCCUGUGGUGCCCCAUCAGCUGACAAUGAGCCCACAAGAAAUCAAUGCUGAUAUAAAGCAUCAGGAGAUGAAGGAAAUUCGGCAGUUUGGACGAAAAUAUGAAGGGAUCUUCAAACUACUUGAUCAAGUGCAAGGACCUCUGGAAGUCAGGAAACAAUUUGUUGAGUUUACCCUCAAGGAAGCAGCGAGGUUUAAAAGAUGGGACUUAAUCAGUCACCUGGAGAAGAUGCUGGAGAAAAUUGUUUCUGACAUCCAACUCAUUGAAGAUGAAGAUAAGCAAACCUCCAAGGGGUAUUCCUGUUUUGACAGUGAUCAGUGAGAAA